AUUACCAUUGGUUACUAAAAUUGAAAAAAACGGGUAUCCAAAAUUCAGAAGUUCUUCCCGAUGGAACACUCCGACUUAAUUUUGAGGUUGAAUUAACUUGCACAGUGGUUACUUUUACUUAUCAGAGUUAUUCGCGUUACGAAGAAGACAAAUUUGCUGAAAAUAAAGCCGAAUCCAUGCUCUUUUUAGGAGAAAGUUAUAUUUAUGGUCGACCAAUCGAUUGUUUUUGUAAUAGUCCCGAGGAAAUGGCUCCCGACCGAAUUGCUAAAUACUAUCAAACCCACCUCAGAAAAUGUAUUUGGAGACCGGAUCGCAUUAAUGACUUCAAAGACCAACAAAUCGAACUAAUUUCAAGAAUAAUUACCCAAUUCAACGCCUACAAAGACUCGUUAAAAUCUUUAACCAAUCGAGAAGCCAUCACUAACUACCAAAUCACUCAAAUCGAAAAAGACAUCAAAAAUCUAGUCUCUGCCAAAUCCAAAUCCGCCCAAGAACGUCAACCAGCCGAAGCAGCCGCCCAAGCCAACGCCCAACAAGAAGAAGAACGCUUAAAAAAAGAACGAGAAGAAAGAGAAAAAAAGGCCACCGAGGAAAAAAAGAAACAAGAUCAAAAAGUUAAACAGCAAGCCGAGGAACAAGCCAAACAACAAGAACUAGCCCAAAAAAGAGACCAAGCCAUCACCCAAAUUACCACUGCCCUUAGUCAAGAAUCUCCCUUAACUAACCACGAAUUAAGUCCUCAAUACCAAAAUUGGGAAUCCCAAAUCAAUCAAUUAACUGAUCUCCAAAAAAUCACUCAUCUCCAAGAUCGAAUCUUAGCCGAUAUUCAAGCCCGUCACCAUGACAAAAAAGUCGCUCAGGAAUUAGAAAAACAAGAAACUGAAAAAGGUUUUCAAGAUAAUCAAGCACAAAUCAAUAACUUAAAAAAAGAAAAGGCCACCGCAGACCCGCAUAAAUAUCGCCAAGAAGCCAAAACAAAAAUCGAACAAAAACUCCAAGCCAACGGUAUUAAAGUUGAGGACUUAAGCCCGGAAAACCAACAAGAAUUAAAAAGAUUGAAAAGUGGUGAAAUUACUGACCCCGACCAACUAGUAGCCACCGAAACUAAAAUCAAACAAAAUAUUUACCAAGCGGAAGCCAAGAAAAAAAUCACUGACUUCACCUCCCGGGUUCAGCAAGCCCUCAAAUUAAAAAAUAAAUCUCACAUCGCUACCCUCAAAAAGGAAUUAUUAGCCUUCCUCAGCAGCAGCAAUAUUUACUAUGCUUCCCAAAAACAA